AUGAAGCCCCUUUUUGCACCCUCGCGCCACGGCAUGCACUACCACUGGCACCCGCACUCCGCGCGCUGGCGGCGGCGCGCACUCCUCGUCAUUGGCGUCGCGGCCGCCCUCGUCGUCGCCGCCAAUUUCGCGCUCAUGGUGCCGCUGCUGCACCAACCGGAUGCCCUAGACAGCGGCGGGCCGGGCGGGCGCGCGCCGUCGCGCAACUUUCUGGAAUCUUUUGACGCCAACGGGGACGGCGUGCUGGAUGCCAGCGAGUUCCAACGCAUAGUGGCGGAGGCCUGCUCUUUGGACCUGGGGCGCCUUCCAUUCUGGCAGCGCGUGCGGAAGCUCCUCAACCCGCGCUUCAUCCUGCGCUCGCCCUGCGCGAGCGCCCAGAUACGCACCAGCCUCAGCGGGGCGGUCGACCCGCGCCCGCGCGGCGCGGCGGCGGCGGGCGCGGCGGGCGCGGCAGCGAGCGCGGCGACGAACGGGGAGGGCGGGGCUGACGGCGCCAAAGGGGCAGUAAGGCCGGACUCGGCGCAGCGCCGCGUGGCAGUGGAGAGCUGCCCAGAGCUGAGUGCGGCCCUGCUGCAGGGGGUGGCGGUGCGCAACUCCGUGCUGCUGGUGGCGGCGGACUGGGCGGCCUGGGACGUGUUUGGCGUCAAUUGGCUGGCGCACGUCCAGCGCGCCGGGAUCACUAAUUACUUGGUCGCGGCCCUCGACCAGAAAACUCGGGACUUUCUCGUGUCAAACAAGCUGGGGCACUGCACACCUUGGGGCGCGCCCCUGCCCGCGCAGGCGGAGCCCUUCAAGCACAGCAGCGACGCGCACAGGGCCGCGUCCUGGGCGCGCCUGGAGGUGGCGGCGGCUAUUGUUGACGCGGGCUAUGACGUCAUAGUGUCAGACCUGGAUGCCCUCUGGUUCAGGGACCCGGCGGCCUACCUGGCAGAGCACGUGCCUGCGGCUGCUGAUCUGGUUGUGGCCUCCGAUGAGGUUGCAUCCUCCAACGCGGCCGGCGAUGCUGGCCUGGAGGCGGGCCCAGCAGCGACCCGCGCCGCUGCGUCGGGCGUAAUGUUCGUGCGCAGCAGCCCGGGCGGCAGUGCGGCGCUGAAGGCACUCCAGCAGCUGCGGCGCGCCCCGCCCCCUCCAUCCCCGGACGAGGAGCGCCGCGCGGAGUACGAGCAAGCCGCGGACGAGGGGGGCGACGGCGCGGACGGCAGCAGCAGCAGCGGCGCAAGCGGGGGCGCUUCUGGCGUGGGCGGCGGCGGCGACGGCCAGGCGCCGGCGGAGCCCCAGCAGCAGCCGGCAGCGGAGCAGGGGCAGGGGCAGGGGGCGCAGCUGCAGUUGCAGCAGCAGCAGCAGCAGCAGCAGCAGCAGCAGCAGCAGCAGCAGCAUAUUGCGGACGCACUCAGAUCGUGGCUGCGCGCGGGCACCCCGGCGCCCGCCGACGCCGCGGCCGGCGCCGACCCCGCGGACCCCCGAGCGCAGCGCCUGCUGCGCGUCCCGCUGGCCGCCUUGGCCGGCGCAGCGGAGGGCCGGCCUAGCGGCUGGCUCGGGCUCGGCUGGGGCGGCGGCGGCGGCAGCGGCGGCGCCGCGGCGCCGGGCGCGGUGAACGUGGGCGUGUUCUCGCCGGCCGUGGUAGAGAACGGCUACACGUCCUUCGUGUCACGCCUGCACGAGGCGCAGCAGCUGCCGCCCGCGUCUGCGCCGCUGGCGGUGCACUUCUCAUGGAGCGGCCGCAGCAAGGAGAGCCGGCUGCACAGGAUGCGCGAGGCCAAGUGCUGA